AUGGAAGCCACACUACUGCCUUUCCUGCAUGCAAUAGAGCCGCUCAAGCAUAUGCCACGAACAGGAUGGCUGAGAACGAUUCAGAACCCUGAGAGUGUCGCGGCGCAUAGCUUUCGAGUAGCAAUCUUGGCCAUGCUCGCUCCGGAACAUUUGGACUUGGAUAGGGCGAAAUGCAUACAAAUGGCUUUGAUCCAUGAUUUGGCAGAGUCGGUCAUAGGGGAUAUUCCGACAUUUGCAAAGGUUCCAAAACAACGGAAAUACGAAAUGGAACGCAAUGGGUUCCAAUAUUUAGAAAACUUGCUCCGAACCUACAAUUCAAAAAAAGCCGAAGAAAUCAGUGAGCUGUGGCUGGAAUAUGAAAAAGGCGAUACACCCGAAGCACAAUGGGUCCGGGAGAUGGACAAGUUUGAGUGUCUAGUCCAGGCACACGAAUACGAGCAGAGGACAUUCGGGGAAAAAGACCUCAACGAGUUUCAAGGGCUUUCAGCGAAGAUUCAUUCUGACGAAGCACGCGAGUGGGCGAAAUUCUUAUCCCGGGAAAGGGAAGAUCACCUUGCCAAGCGAGAAAAGCCACUGCCCAUUAUUUUCAUCACUGGUGACCCAAUGGCUUGCGAAAUGGUCGCUAGCUACGUUUCAGAAAAGCUUUCUCUUUCCCAUAUCUCCGUGAACAAGAUGCUUACGGAAAAGGCGCAAGAUCCCGAAUAUCGCCAUCACGGAAUCCUUGAGAGAUGUCUGGAAAGGAGAUUUGAAGUGCCGGCCAGUCUGAUUGUCGAACUACUCGAGAAUGAGAUCAAAGCCGUAGGCGGACGGUCAUGGGCAAUCAUCUCCGGCUUUCCGAAUGGCACAGAACAGCUAGCAGAAUUCCAAAAAAAGGUGUCUAUAUCCGCAAGGCUUCACAACAUAAAGGAUGACACUGAUCUCAUUUGA